GGUUUAUUUCUUUUUGCCCUAUAUCAUUUCAUUCAUUUGCAUCAUAAGAUUCCUCAAUUCCCAGUUAUUCUUUGCAGUUAGCAGGCAUAUAUAUGAUUUUUGAAGGAGUUGUGUAUUCAAAUGGCAUCAACAUCUUGUGUGAGUAACAUGCCAUUACCCGCCACUACUAUGACUUGGAACUCUCACCAAAAUCCUGCACCACUUGCAAAGUAUGAGGAGGUUACAACGAAUCCCAAGCUUUUCAUGAGUACUCUAGAGAAGCUCCAUGCUGAUCUGGGAACCAAGUUCAUGAUACCCAUUAUUGGAGGAAAAGAACUGGAUCUGUUUCACCUCUUCAUUGAAGUGACUUCUCGAGGAGGGAUUGAGAAGAUUAUCAAAGAGAGAAGAUGGAAAGAAGUAACUCAAACUUUCAACUUUCCAUCAACAGCUACAAAUGCUUCUUUUGUGUUGCGCAAGUACUACUCUUCACUACUUUACCACUAUGAUAUAUACAGUACAAAAAUAUAACUUGACUUCAAUUUGUCAGAUGUUGUGCAAAGAGCACAAUUUUCACAGCCUUGUCUUGGCUUCCAACAUUCAAGGGUUGAUGCUACUGCCGAAUCAUCUCAAGGAUCUGCAGCAGUAGUUGGAGUGAUCGAUGCAAAAUUUGAAAGUGGAUAUCUGAUUACAGUUUCAAUAGGUUCAGAGGUGCUGAAAGGUGUACUUUAUCAGGAUCCACAUCCACAUACACAUCCACAGGGAGCAUUUCAGAGUGUUAUGGCCAAGAACACCAACAAUAAUUGUAAUUCUUCAUUGGGUGUUGUCCACCGUCGUCGUCGUAGGAAGAAAUCAGAGAUCAAAAGGAGGGAUCCUGCUCAUCCAAAACCUAACAGAAGUGGCUACAAUUUCUUCUUUGCUGAGCAACAUGCAAGACUAAAACCACUACACCAAGCCAAGGACAGAGAGAUUAGUAGGAUCAUUGGUGAACUUUGGAACAAGUUAAAAGAUCCCGAAAGAUUAGUAUAUCAAGAGAAGGCUUUAAAGGAUAAAGAGAGGUACAAAGCAGAAAUGGAAGAUUAUCGUCAGAAACGCAACAAUAAUAAUAAUGCUGCUAUGCUGCCAUUGCAACAACAGCUUCCGGAAGUGGAUGAGAACGAAGAAGGCUCUCUUCAAAGUCAAACUCCUGAAGAGGAGAGCACUUCUGGUGGUAGCGAAAAUGAGAAUGAUGUUAACAUGGAUGCUUCUCUUCCUCUUCCUCCUGUUACUACUACUACUACACUACCUCCUCAACCUACAUUUUUUACUUUAGACAAACCAUCCAUGGAAGGAGAUCAUUAUAACCUUGGACAUCAAAAUAUCCAUGACUCAAAAAAUAUGUUGACAAUGCUUUAGCGCACCAAAACACAUUUUGUUUUCUACUUUUUCUUUGCAAUUUCAUUCCUAUAGCAACAAAUCAC